GUUGCUGGCUGUGUCGAAGAAAAAAGCAGAAAAAGAGUCGGGGAUGACGACUUCGAUCUCAACAUCUUCAAAAGGCGAGCAGGAGGACUCCGACACUCAGAUGAAUACAACUAGUCGAGUAGUGGAGAAAAAGGGUUCAUUCCUAAAAAGCCUUUUCAAAAAACGUAGUCGUGAUUUGUCUGGUUCCGAAGACGACACCGUUUCGGAUAACAUGAAGCUAAGGCUCUCACUAAUUCAUCUUUGAGUGCACCAUUAAAAAGUAUGGGGAUGCACCUGAAGGAUGAAUUACGGACAGUUCUAAUGAAGGUAGUCAAUGUCCAAACUCUAGUGGUGUUUCUCUCAGCACACACGAAAGUGCGCAAAAAGACCCAAUUACGUUUCGCUGCUUUAUUUCUAGGCGACGUCAACGAUGAUGGGAUGAUAACGCCAGCUACUGCGAAAGUUAUUCAAGAAGGACAUCGAUUGUACCAAAGAUUAUGGUCAGCUUUUCUCCAUUUUUCUCGCUACCUUGGAUGGUACUCUUUUCCCUUGUAUUUCAUGGGAAAGGGGUCGAGACGAGAGGACCGAGAUGGAUAGAAGCUUACUCUAAAAAGAGGGAUAGCUUCAGCCUCUCCGAGUGGUGUUGGAGUAGCACAGCAAAGUCCAACGGAAGCAGGAAUGUGGCCUUCGACUCCCGAUGCGGCGUCUUUCAACGCGAAAAUCUUUCAGGGCCUUGACAAAAUACCACUAGAAGACUUCAUCAAACGAGUUUUGCCGGAUCGCGCAGCCAGAGAGCGGAAAGGCGAUGCACCGUUACCGAUACCAUCUUCUGUUCCGGCAUUACGAGAAGUUGGGCAUAGGAGACGAGGGUCUAGUGUGCAUGAAGAGGACGCGAAGCAAGAGAAGGAGAAGAGGGAAAAACGUGGGGAUGAAGAAGUUGAGGACAGCAUUACUGUAGGUCUGGAUAUCAAAGAUGUUGAUGAAAAAGAACCUGAUGCCGAGGACCGGUUACGCGACGAAGAGGAGGACUCGCCAGGUCCAGCAGCUGCGUCGCCGUUCACAACUUUAGCCAGAGCACAGCCCCGGCGUUUGUCGAGACCAACCGACAUUGAAAUACCGCUGUCCUCAUCUGGGACGGAGCAAGAGCAGACAUCACAGGCUGAAGAUGGUGCUUCUUCUAAGGUAAGAAGUCCGGAGAAGGGGAAGAAAAAAAGAAGAAAAAGUCAAGGACGAACAGAAGAAAGGUCAAGCGCUUCACAACAAGUUCUUCUAGAACAAGAUGGAGGACCCC